CGUCAGGAUGCUUGUUGAGAACAUUCCGUUUGCGCUGUCAUCGAUUAGCUCUCCUUGGGUCCCUCGGGUACCUAUCCGUACUCCACUGCUCUAUCUACAUCUAACACAGCAUCUGACACCGUCUUACGAUGCAGAUUGCUUGACACGAUUGUUGUGUAAGCUACACGAUGGUAUUUCGACCUCGAAGAGUUACAGACGGACCGUAAUAUCCCUUGGUGAGCCUCAUAGAGUAAAACGCACAACCGAAACACCACGGGUCGCAACGGAAAGGGGCAGGACCGGCGAUUUUCUCAGAAAAUGCUCUGAAGGCAAAUAGACAGAUAUGACUACGUCGCUGCCCUUACGGGACAGCGCGGGGCCGCUUUCGCCCCAGAGUCCCACAGCAACAACGUCGCCAACUGGAAAAGCUGCAACCCCUCUUUCCUCAAAGGUCACAACUGUCCUCUCGUCGUCUUAUGCAGACACCGACUUCAGGGACGCCCUCUCUCUCCUCGACGAGCGCGGGGUGCUCAAAACGCCUGCGAUUCGCCGCCAACUUCGCCUGGAUCUGCAGAAGGAGGUCAUCGAGAGCAAUGGCGAGAUUAUCGAUGAGUUUGCCAAAGUUGCCGAGCAACUGCGACGUAUCGGCACUACCAUUGGUAAGCUGAACGACAGCUUCAACGAGAUGAAGAGACAGAUCACGGCGGCCCACGAUUCAACGUCUCUGGCACUGGGCGAGGCGGCUCAUCUCAUGACUCAACGGCGUCAGGUUGAGCAGAAACAGAGCCUGCUCAGUGCUUUCAACGCCAAUUUCGUGCUUACUGAAGACGAAACAGCCGCGCUGACGCUGAGCUCGGAGCCCGUCGAUGACCUUUUCUUCACUACGCUUGCCAAGGCGAAGCGGAUUAGCAAGGACUGCGAGCUUCUUCUCGGUUUCGAGAACCAGACGCUGGGGUUGGAGAUCAUGGAGCAAGUCUCCAAGAACCUGAAUCUGGGUUUCCAGAAACUCUACAAGUGGGUUCAGAGGGAGUUCAAAACCCUCAACCUUGAGAAUCCCCAAAUUGGCUCGCCUAUUCGUCGCGCCCUGCGGGUGCUGGCCGAGCGCCCGAGCCUGUUUCAGAACUGCCUCGACAUCUUCGCAGAGGCCCGGGAACAUGUCCUGUCAGACUCUUUUUACACGGUCCUGACAGGAAGUUCAGCCUCAGGCGCCCAAGACCCCUCGCUCAAGCCCAUCGAACUUGUGGCACACGAUCCCCUGAGGUACGUCGGGGACAUGCUAGCCUGGGCGCAUUCGGCUGCCGUUGGGGAGAGGGAGGCGCUGGAGGGCUUGUUCAUCGGCGAAGGGGAGGAGAUCGCCAAAGGCAUCCAGGCGGGCCGGGAAAACGAGGUGUGGCGUCUUGUUGCCGAAGACAGCGAGGACGUGGUUGACUUUGACGCCGUCAAGACUUUGAACGCGCUGGUUGACCGCGACAUGUCCGGGGCAGCCCGCAUUCUGCGGCAGCGAGUCGAGCAGGUCAUUCAAACCAACGAGGACACGAUCCUGGCCUACAAGCUCGCAAACCUACUAAAUUUCUACAAAAGCACCUUCCCGAGGCUGCUGAACCCAGGUUCUGCCCUCGUGGAAACCCUGGGGGCCCUCGAGUCCGAGGCGAUGCGGCAGUUCCGCUCGCUGGCCCGGGACCAAGUCGCGGCACUGCAGGGUGACUUUGAUCAAGCGUCGCCGGCAGACUUGUCCCCGCCAGAAUUCCUAACCGAUGCCCUGGACCAGCUAACGGCCAUCAUGAAGACAUACGAGACUUCGCUCACGUCGACGAGCAACCCCGAAGCUGAGUUCGAGCCCGUGCUGGCUGAGGCAUUCGACCCGUUCCUAUCCGGCUCCGUCAACAUGGCAAAGACGCUGAAGCGCCCUUCUAGCUCUGUUUUCCUCAUCAACUGCUUCGUGGCCGCCAAGAAUUGCCUCUCACGGUUCGAUUUCACGCGGACCCGCGUGACGCUGCUGGAUGUGCGGAUUGAGGAGGAGCGCUCCCGCUUGGUCGAGAGCCAGUACCGGUUCUUCCGGGUCGAGUCCGGCCUCGACGCGUUGAUAGCGGCGCUCGCGGAACUCGAAGAGAGCAAUGAGGACGUGGAGAAGGUGGCGUCGCUCGAGGCGGUCCAAGCCUCUGCGCUGACGCAGGCGGGCCAGGCGCUCGACGACUUCUUGCCGUCGGCACUGAUGGAUGCCGUAGAGCAGCUGAAGCACCUGCAGGAUUCCAAGCUGGCGCGGGAGAUCACCGAGGAGGCGGCCGAGAGGUUCUGCGUCGACUUUGAGCAUGUCGAAGAGAUGUUGAUGAGGGCCGACGAGUUGGCCGAACAGCGGCAGGCAACCAUGUUCGGCCUCAGGACCGCGACUGCCCUGUCGGUCCUUCAGAAGACGUAUGACGAGAGCUACCUGACCUGCUCGACUGCCGUGUAUUAUGAGAGCCAGGGCAACGAAGCCGAGGCUAUGCGAUGCUGGAAGCAGGCGCUCGAGCAGAUAACCGAUCAUCGUGCCAGCAGGGUUCUUUCAGACCCUACCUCUCGUUCGGAAACGGAGAAAGCCUUGGUUGAUAGCCUUCGACAACUGGAAGUGCAGUGUAAAGAACGGAUCGAUCUCCUCGAAGCCCUCCGCCUCUCACGCCAAGAAGCCUCGCAGCACGAGCCGUCCGUACAGUCGCAGCCUCAAGAGGGCGGGCUGCCAGGACAGCAGGAACAGGGCUGGAUUGGAAACGGAACCAUUCCCGCCAUUACCUACACCGAGCUGUCACGGCCAGCCAUGCAGAGGCGCGCGUCCGCACAUGCUAGGUCUUCCACGUCGCGGCCGGACGACAAGACGUCGACUUCUCCCUCACGGAAGCCAGUCGCCUCUGCACCCUCGCUAUCCACGCCAGAGAAGAAGGCGUCAAGAUCAUCUAGCCCGGAGAAACACACGUUUCGUACGACCUUACGGCCAGGUCGGCUGGGAGAAAAGACACUCAAGACUUCUUUGUGGCGACCCCCGCCCAGAACAGCAGAACGCCCUGGCGCCAACAAAGCAGCGAUACUAGCCUGGAGCUCGCUCAGCCAGCGAGACACGACGGAUCAGGCAUCGCCACGAUCGUUUUCGAGCCCGCCAGUUCAGUCCGAGCAGCCGCGCAGGAGCUUGGAGAAAUGGGAUAGCAGUUCCAGAAGACUAGCCACAACGAGAGCAAGAAGCCCACCCGGCCAGACAGACAGGAGGACAAGCGCGGAUCAAUCAGGGUUGCGGCAUAGCGAUGUAUAUUCUUACUCUCGCCCAUCUCCCAUUUCUGUUAGCGCUGCUUCGAGCGCAUUGAGCUCGCUCACGUUGAAGGAGACAGCCGAACGACAGUUGCCCCGUCGACAGAGCAUGUCCCGUCAGAAAACUGCUCCGCCGCAGACGCCGAAAGCGCGGCCUUCGAAGGAUCUUGCAGAUGCAGACUUGGAUACUUCAGAAACUGGAGAGGGUAGACUUACAAGGAGGAAUACGUCAUCCGAUUCAAUCACGAUAUCAAGAAGAUCGACUGGUAAUAGGCCUUCUACGAGCAAGAGCAAGAUCACACCGAACCCAGCUAGUAAAAGUACCGGCGCGGCGGAGGCGAGAGCUAGGAGAAGAGAAAACCGAACAGAGCGGCCUUCGUCCCCGCUAAGCUCCGACUCUUCGUCUUCGUUUGAGACACCGGCAAGGCCGUCAAGACAUAAGCCAAGAGUGGUCAGGCAAAGGGAAGCUUCCCUUGUAGCGGAUUCCCUCGCUCAGCUGGUAGACAGCUCCACCGAAGACGAGCAGACUAAUGCGGCCAGCACAUGGAAGAAACGCAAGGCCGCCAUACUCAAAAAGCUCCCUCCCGGAGUCGACGAGCACGCUGCCAAGCAGAUUCUCAACGAAAUCGUAGUUGAAGGCGAUGAGGUCCACUGGAGCGACAUUGCCGGUUUAGAAGUGGCCAAGAACGCGCUGCGCGAGACGGUCGUCUACCCUUUCCUCCGGCCCGACCUAUUCAUGGGCCUGCGUGAGCCUGCACGGGGAAUGCUUCUCUUUGGUCCUCCCGGCACGGGCAAGACCAUGCUUGCACGCGCCGUCGCCACCGAGUCCCGGUCGACCUUCUUCUCCAUCUCGGCCAGCAGCCUGACCAGCAAGUACCUGGGCGAGUCGGAGAAGCUCGUGCGCGCGCUGUUUGCGCUAGCCAAGCUGCUCUCGCCGAGCAUCAUCUUCGUCGACGAGAUCGACUCGCUGUUGUCACAGCGCUCCGGGACCGGCGAGCACGAGGCCACGCGGCGAAUCAAGACCGAGUUCCUCAUCCAGUGGAGCGAUCUCCAGCGCGCCGCGGCCGGCAGAGAGGCGCCGUCGCCGUCCGCGGGCGAGAAGGACAAGGACCGCGGCGGCGACGCCAACAGGGUUCUUGUGCUCGCAGCCACGAACCUCCCCUGGGCCAUUGAUGAGGCGGCCAGGAGGAGGUUUGUCAGGCGCCAGUACAUACCGCUGCCCGAAGCCGAGACGCGCGCGGCUCAGCUCAAGACGCUGCUCAAGCAGCAGAAACAUACCCUUUCCGACACCGACAUUGACACCCUUGUCGGAUUGACUGAUGGGUUCUCAGGCUCGGACAUCACGGCGCUGGCAAAAGACGCGGCGAUGGGACCGCUGCGCUCGCUGGGCGAGGCAUUGUUACACAUGACCAUGGAUGAGAUACGACCUAUAGAGCUAUCAGAUUUUAUUGCCAGCUUAACAACCAUUAGGCCCAGUGUCAGCAAGUCGGGGAUCAAGGAAUAUGAGGACUGGGCCAAGGAGUUUGGGGAACGGGGUGGAUAAGGAACAUAGGUAUUUGAGGACGGGCGGUCACGGCAUACUUAACUCAGGUAGUUAAAUGUGCGAAGCCUCCAAGGAUAGGAGGAGUAGCAGCAGACUCGAGAGACAACGAAUAGCUUCAAGACCCUUUCUGCUGCGUAUUUGACUCCGGCACACCCACAUAGAGUG